CGGUGUCCGCGCUUUACAAUGCUUUUCAGUCACGUGUGAACCUGUGCCAGGCAUUUCCAGCAGCAGGGCAAUUCCACUGUACUGUGGAUAUGCUGACCGGAGAGCAUGGAGCCUGGAGGCAGCUCACCUUGUUUGCUUCACUCGGAUAACAAGAACUAAGGGCAGGGGACGGGGGGUUAUGUUAUAAAGCAGGUGCUAAAAAUGCACUCCCCUGUUUUGUUCCAAAUUCUAGUAUUCAUAACAUCCACUUUCUUUGCGCCGUGGACUGCACACUUUCCGGGGAGCGACGCAUCGGUUAUUUCGGAGAUUUUGGAACCUGUCGGGAUCGCUGUAGAGUCUUUGCCUCCGCAGUCAUCGGCACCGCCGCUCCACCAGCCAUACGGAAUCGAUACGGGUAAAAUCGCGUCUCCGGCAGCACGCGUCCCGGUUAAUGACAUCGCCGACCCUAUUGUCAGCUCGACGAGCCCGGCAGGUAACCGGCACCGCGGGACCGAACCGGUGAGUUUUGAGAUUGUGCAAUGGAACUGGGAACACGCGCAAGGACCCUUUCUCGUUGCGGUGUGGAUCACGGUGGCCAGCCUGGCAAAGAUACUGUUCCACCUGUCCAGCAAGGUGACCACAGUGGUGCCGGAGAGCUGCCUGCUCAUCCUGCUCGGGCUGGGGCUGGGAGGCAUCGUCCUGGCCGCCACCAACAGGACGGACUACCAGCUGGACCCCAAGAUGUUCUUUCUGUUCCUGCUGCCCCCCAUCGUCCUCGACUCGGGCUACUUCAUGCCCAGCAGGCUGUUCUUUGACAACAUCGGGACCAUCCUGAUGUAUGCAGUCGUGGGCACUCUGUGGAACUCGUCUGCAACCGGGCUGGCUCUGUGGGGGAUCAAGCAAGCGGGGCUGAUGGAUAAGAAGGUGGACGCAGGACUGAUGGACUUCCUCUUAUUCGGGAGUCUGAUCUCAGCUGUGGACCCCGUGGCUGUGCUGGCUGUCUUUGAAGAAGUCCACGUCAAUGAAACGCUCUUCAUAAUUGUCUUUGGAGAGUCUCUGCUGAACGAUGCUGUGACCGUGGUGUUGUAUAAAGUGUUCAACACCUUUGUGGAGAUGGGUUCAGAUAAAGUCCGCGCUGUGGAUUAUGUGAAAGGUGUUGCCUCGUUCUUUGUGGUGAGUCUGGGGGGGACAGUGGUGGGGCUGGUCUUUGCCUUCAUCCUGGCCCUCACCACGCGCUUCACCAAGCGAGCCCGGAUCAUCGAGCCGCUCUUCGUGUUCCUGCUGGUGUACCUGUCCUACCUCACGGCAGAGAUAGCCUCGCUGUCCUCCAUCCUGGCGAUGACGUUCUGUGGCAUGUGCUGUAAGAAGUACGUGGAAGCCAACAUUUCUCACAAGUCUCGCACCACAGUAAAGUACACCAUGAAGACCAUGGCCAGCAUUGCGGAGACCAUCAUCUUCAUGUUCCUGGGCAUCUCCGCUGUGGACACCUCCAAGUGGACCUGGGACAGCGGCCUGGUGCUCUUCACUCUCGUCUUUGUGUUUGUGUUCAGAGCCGUGGGUGUCAUUCUCCAGACCUGGGUUCUGAAUCGCUUCAGACUCUGCCCUCUGGACUGGAUCGAUCAGGUGGUGAUGUCGUACGGUGGCCUGAGGGGAGCAGUGGCGUUUGCCUUGGUCAUCCUUCUGGACAAGUCAAAGGUCAAAGCAAAGGAUUACUUUGUGGCAACGACUAUUACUGUGGUUUUCUUCACAGUGAUGUUCCAGGGACUGACUAUUAAACCUCUUGUGAAAUGGCUGAAAGUGAAACGCAGUAACCAGCACAAGCCUACCCUGAACGAGGAGCUUCAUGAACGGGCCUUUGACCACAUCCUGGCUGCUGUUGAGGACAUUGCUGGUCACCACGGUUACCACCAUUGGAGAGAUAAGUGGGAACACUUUGACAAGAAGUACCUGAGCCAGCUGCUGAUGCGGAAGUCGGCCUAUCGCAUCAAAGACGAGAUCUGGGACGUGUACCAGAAAUUGAACAUCAGAGAUGCCAUGAGCUUCAUUGAUCAGGGAGGUCACAUUCUCUCGUCCGCUAAGCUGUCCCUUCCUUCCUUGCCCAGCCGGAUGUCAUUUUCAGAAACUUCUGUCACAAACCUUCUAUGGGAGAAUGGCAGUGGAGUGUGUCUGGAUCUGCAGGUAAUCGAUACCGUGAGAAGUGGCAAAGACAAGGAGGACACGGUGAUGCAUCACGUCCUCGCAGGAAACCUGUACAAACCACGCAAGAGGUACCAGGCGAAUUACAGCCGUCACUUCAUCAGCGCGGAUGAGCAGGAGUGGCAGGACCGCGAGGUGAUCCAGAGGAACAUGCGGUGCCGGCUUGAGUCCUUCAGAUCCACCAAGCACAGCGUCUACCAGAACAAGGGCAAGUCCCGCCACAAGAAGAGCCAGAAGAAGCACAGAAGCAAUGAUGUCAAUGGAGAUGUUCCCAAUGGCAAACCCAAAAGAAACAUCAGCUGGCAGGACACAGUGCCUGUUGUCAUGACAAUGGACUCGGAGGAGGAAGAGGAAGACAACUCAGGAGCUGAGAAGGAGGAGGAUGAAGGGAUCACCUUCGUGGCUCGAGCUGCAGAUGAGGUCCUGCUGGAGGGGAAACAGUCAAGUAUUCUGGAUGUGUAUCAGAGCCCCUUCCUCCUCCCCCCGUCCCCCACCUGCACGGAGAAGGAGCUGCCCUGGAAGGGAGACCAAGGGGACCUCCCAGCCUGCGUCUCCUCGGAGACGACCAAGAUCGUGCCCAUUGACCUGCAGCAGGCCUGGAACCAGAGCAUCUCAUCCCUGGAAAGCCUGCCGCCCCCCACAACGUCCGAGGUGCAGCAGCUCCAGCACAGGACAGUGCCCCUGGUGAUGCUGGAGGAACGCGGGGCCCCAGCUGCCCUCGCUAGGCCCCCGCUGGACCCCUGUUUCCAGUUCCCAGAGCACGCCACAGCCGCUGGUAGAAGCAGUGAGGAGGACAGCACGGAGUGCAUCCAGCAGCAGGAGCUUCGGCCCCUCAUGUCCUCCGACAAGCAGCCCAGACCAGGCCCAUCUGCUGAGUCUGCCGGAGCCAGGUGGCCGGUCCAGUUCAACAGAGCUGCCCGGGUCUCUCUUCUGCAAAAUGUAGUUACUGCCUCCCCUUACAAGGGCAGCGGCCAGACAGACCUUUAGUUACUGCACCCCUACAUCCCCCAGCACAUGUUACUUGAAUGUAGCACUUUAAACCUGAGAGGAGAUUCACUCUCAAUUGUGUUUUUAUUAUUAUUUAUUAUUAUUAUUAUUAUUAUUGCACAUGCAGAAAGGUUGAAACAAUUUCAGUGCUCCAUAUGUUUCUGUUAUUAACCAUUAAUCUCACAUCUGUUGCUUGUCUUUUUUUGAAGGAAUUGUUAAACCCAAAGUAAUACAUACAGCACAUAUAUAAACACACACAUACGUAAACACACACACACAUAUACUCACAUACAUACAUACA